AGCAUUGAAUAAUGAUAGCCAGCUAGUUCAUUUUCACGCCCUUUCUGUUCAAGUUCACAGCUUUUAUUCUUCACUCUCAUCUCCUUUCUCCCUUCUAAACUCGUAUAAGAGAUCGUCCGUAUUGUUCGUCCAUGGAAGCAAGGCUGGAGAGCUCAAUGCAGCCAUUAAUGGUGCCUCCGCCGAGGGGGGAAGAGGCGAAUCGUUAUUCUCACAGAUCAAUAGAGACGCUUGUAGUGGUUCUGGCAGUGAUCACCAUAGUGGGUGUGCUUGCAGGAAUAGUGGCUCGUCUCUGCGGUGGAAGGCACUUUGGAGGGGAUGGAGAGAACGAUAUUGAAGGUUGGGUUGAGAAGAGGUGCAGAAGCUGCAUCGACGGAGGCCUGCCCCCGCCGCCAGCGGCGGAAGAACCUAAGCCAGUACCAGCAGGAGGAGAUGAAAAGAAGUGAAGACUAUAUAAGAAGCAGAAUCCUAACAGAGACUUGUAAGUUAGUAAGCAUAAAGCUUGAUAAAAAAUUGUCAGUAAGGGUGAAUAUUUAAUGUGUUAUAUAUAUAGUGGGGUAAGAGAGAGUUUAUACAGCUUUUAACCACAGUGCAGCCCUGUGUUAGUUUUAGAACCCAAAUCAUUCAUGUUUGAGUCUGACAGACCCGACGACUUACUGUUCCUGGAGUUUCACCAGUUUCAUUCUGUUUCAUGUUGCCUCUUCUGAUAGUUAUGUUUGGAAUGGAGAAACUGUUUUUUCUUCUUCUUGUAUUAAAAAGCGAGCGUUUAUUUCCUGGUAA